AUGUCUGAGCAAACCACCAACUCUCUCGACUCGACGCCCAUCGUCUCCGAAGCCGGGCAGAGCAAGACGGCGGCAGCGGACGUGGAGAAAUCGCCGGUCGAGCCUGCAGCGCCUGCGCCACCUCCUGCCCUUGACUUCCCUGACGGCGGCUUUCGGGCAUGGCUCACUGUCUGUGGCUCGUGGUUUGCUCUCUUCGCGACCUUCGGCUAUAUCAACGCGUUCGGAGUAUAUCAAGAUUAUUACACCCGCAUAUAUCUCAAUAAUGUCUCCGCGAGCACCGUCAGCUGGAUAGGCAGCUUUCAGUUCUUUGUUCCUCUCAUCAUGGGCCUCUGGGCUGGGAGGCUGUUCGACGGCGGCUACUUCCGACCCAUGAUGCUCAUAGGAUCCUUGCUGUUCACGUUCUCUUUAUUCAUGCUCUCUUUAGCCAACAAGCAUCAGUACUAUCAGGUGUUCCUUGCUCAAGCGGUCGGUAUGGGUUUGGGCCUCGGUCUCGUCUUUACGCCUUCUGUUAGUAUACCCACCCACUACUUCCGUCGGCGGAGAGCCUUGGCUUCAGGUAUCGCACUGAGUGGGUCAUCCGUCGGCGCAAUCAUCCAUCCCAUUCUCUUGAAUCAACUGUUCUCCAGAAUCGGAUUUCACGGCGCCGUGCGCGCCAGUGGAUAUAUGAUCCUUGGAUGCCUAGUGAUCGCCAACCUGACGAUGCGGACUCGUAUCCCACCGAGGAAGGCAGGCGGACCGAUGCCCACGAGUCUCAAAACGCUUUUCAGUGAUGUAGCCUAUGUGCUCACUAUCACGGGAUCUUUCUUCUGUCAGAUCACGGUGUAUUUUCCUGCAUUCUACAUCCAACUCUACGCAGUAGAACACGGCGUCGACCUCAAUCUGGCCUUCUAUUCCGUAGCGAUCCUCAAUGCUGGCAGCGUCAUCGGCCGUAUUUUACCCAACUUCUUCGCAGACAAGAUCGGCCCGUUUAAGCUCGUCAUCCCGUGCACGAUCAUCUGCUCAGGACUGAUGUUCUCUCUACUUGGUAUCAAAAACACAGGCUCUAUGGUCGCAGUCGCCGCCGUCUAUGGAAUUGCAUCGGGAGCAUAUCUCGCGCUCAUCGUAGCCGUUGUCGCGUCGCUCUCGCGUAGCCCAGCCGAGAUUGGAUUGAGGGUGGGCGUCGCGUUCUCGACAAACAGCUUCGCUGCGCUCGUUGGCAUCCCCAUCGCGGGUGCCCUGCUUGGUACCGGAAGCACGAAUGACCUUCACUGGACGAGGGCUAUCAUAUUCUCAUGCGUGUGCGUUGCGGUGGGCGCCGCUUGCUUCAUCGCCGCGGCGUGGCAUGCGUCUACAAGGCGUAAAUAG